UUUUAUGAUUUUUGGAGGGAUUUUUGCUCAUGUUUCAUAGUCUAUAUCAUAAUUAGCUCCUACAAUACAUUUCGGAAAGUCGAGAAUGAAUAAAGGAAGAAAGUCUCUGAAAAUACAAAUAUCUCUACUAUCGAAAUCUGAUUAGUCUCCCAAAUAUUUCAAUCUCUAAAAAUAGUAAGCUAUUAUAAGGUAUUGUACUACUUUCUCAUCUAAUCUUCACAUGGCAUAGUGACUUUAUAAGAUACCUACGUCACAUACUAUUAUACUAUUACAGAGAUUUGUGCUUCUAAGCUCUUCCUAUAAAGUGUGCCAUGUUCCCCUUAAGUAUUUUGUUGAAUUUUUUUUAGAUAUUCGAUUUAUAUCUUAGCAGUUCUUCAAAUUUGCCAGAUCCUACUUCAACCCUUCGACUUCCGCCUCUUAACUCUCAAACUACAAAUAUAAGCCAGCUAUACAUAAUGGGAAAUCCAUCAACUGCAGGUUAUAAGCCCGAAUGGCUCGAGGUAAUCACCCCUCCAUUCUUGUCACGACAAGCUCCUUCGCGAUCUACCACCUCAAUCGUCGAAAAAGCCUUGAGCACCCGUCCCGUUCCCGUCGGUGACGCACCCAGCAUUAAAAAGCAAUUCAAUGAUUUGGUCGCAGAGCUCAACAGUCAAAGACCCCCUCCUGAUACCUCAGUCCAGACUCGUGACACUUCCGCAGAUGGCGUUCCCGUUCGUAUCUACACGCCGCCAAAUGCCACCCAAGACGACGAACUUCAUUUAGGAGUGUAUUAUCACGGAGGUGGAUAUUGCGGUGGCAGCCUUGAUUCCGAAGAUAUGUGGUGUCGAUACAUUGCAAAAAAUGUUCCUUGUGUUCUUGUGAGCGUCGAUUAUCGAUUGGGUCCCGAGCAUAAGUUUCCGGCUAUGUUGGAUGACAGUGUGAAGGCUUUUGAAUGGGCCUAUAAACAUGCUUCGGAACUCAACUCCUCCCAAUCCAAACUCUUCACAAUCGGCGCCUCGGCAGGCGGCGGUCUAGCUCUAACUGUAGCACACGAUCUCAUUGCCGCGGGUAAACGUUCGCAAAUCAAAGGCGUCGUAGCUAUGGUCCCCAUAGCCGCACACCAUCUUCUGUUCCCGCGGCUUACAAAGAUCAUUAUAAAUCCUACGAGGAGAAUGCGUCUGGCGUACCGGUUAACAAUGCGGAUAAUAUGA